GAUGGCUAUAAAUGGGGUUGCUGGAACUUUAAAAGGCAGCAAGCUGUGGUUGGCUGGUAGCUAGAUUUGGAGUAACAUAUGGCAUUAAAAGGAGCACAGCUGGAGGUAGCAUUUCCAUCGCAGUGAAGUCAGAGCAGCUGACUCUCCAGCUUGCAGUGUAAUUAGCAAGCCGAGCACUCCCUCCCUCACUCGCACACUCGCCUCUCUCGCACACGCACUCACCCGCCUGCUAUUCUUCCGCUACUGCCGAGCAGCACCAUCGCCGCCUUCGCCCGGGGUGCCCUCUCCCACCGCAAACUUGGGCGCCUCCAAGAGGGGCUUUUCCCCCCAUGCACCCCUCAGUCCCUGCGCGGCAGCCGGGUAAGGUGAGCCGCCUUGUUGGAUCUCCCUGCUUGGAGCUGUUGCCGCAGUUUUUCCUGUUUUGAACAGGUUAUGAAGGAAGAAUGGAGUUUCCAGACCAUAGCCGCCAGUUGCUGCAGUGUCUGAGUCAGCAGCGUCACCAGGGCUUCCUGUGUGACUGUACUGUUUUAGUUGGAGAAGCUCAGUUCAGAGCCCACAGAGCCGUUCUUGCUUCUUGCAGCAUGUACUUCCAUCUUUUCUACAGGGACCAGUUAGACAAAAGGGAUAUUGUGCAUCUGAACAGUGACAUUGUCACAGCCCCAGCCUUCAGUCUGCUGCUUGAAUUCAUGUACGAAGGAAAGCUGGAGUUUAACAGUCUUCCAGUUGAAGAUGUGCUCGCUGCAGCGAGCUACCUUCAUAUGUAUGACAUUGUGAAAGUCUGCAAGGGCAAGUUGAAAGAUAAAGAAUUGUGUUUGGAAGAAAAGAUGAAUGAUGAUGUGGCUAAUUUGGGAAAAGAAGAGCAUUUUUUAGACACAGGAGUGCCCCUGGUACAUGAGUUUGACCUGGGACACAAACAAAAAUUCACUGUCACAGAAUAUGAUAGAUCAACGAAUAAAGAUAGGGUCAGUGGUCACCCUGGCUGGUCCUCUGAUCUUAUAAGUGUCAGCUCUGUGUCUGCAGAGGCAGAAUUGUGUACCACAGCAGCUGGAAAAACAAAGGCUACUGUCAAUAGUUCUGCAGGAUCUUUGUCCCAAAGGUCUCUUAACCAUACCCCGGCUUCAAGUGAUGUGGACUGUGCUCUGGAUUUGUCUUUCAAGCCUGUGUCUGGGAGAGAUUCCUUACACCCCUCCUACGUCUUUGGACAGCUGGCUUCCGACAGCCAGCAGCAGGGUACUGAGCCACUAGUUAAGGAUGAACAAGACUUGCUGUCAGAUCAGGAGGACAGUGAAGCAAGGAGUCCAGAGAGUCAGCAUUUUGGGAAUUCAGCCAAAAGCCUAGUGACAGGGUUAGGACACAUGUUCACAGGAAAUGGCAAUUCUCAUGCAAGAGAAGAUGAUAUAGAUCAAGACCGAGAUGAGAGUGAAGAUGACAUGGAUUCAUCAGAUAUCUCCUCCUCUGGUGUGCUUGUGCCUCCUGGGCAUAUCUGCAUUUGCCCCCUUUGUAGCAAAGUUUUUCCAAGCCCCCACAUCCUGCAGCUGCACCUGAGCUCUCACUUCAGAGAUAAAGAUGGCUCAAGGACCAGGUUGUCACCUGAUGGUUCGGUGCCCACCUGUACGCUUUGUGGGAAGACUUUUUCUUGCAUGUACACCUUAAAGAGACAUGAAAGGACUCACUCGGGCGAAAAGCCUUAUACCUGUGCCCAGUGUGGAAAGAGCUUCCAGUAUUCCCACAAUCUCAGCCGUCACGCAGUAGUGCAUACCAGAGAGAAACCCCAUGGCUGCAAAUGGUGUGAAAGACGAUUUACACAAUCCGGUGACUUAUACAGACACAUCCGUAAAUUUCAUUGUGGCCUCGUAAAGUCCUUGGUGGUUUGAGACAAGUUGUUGUUGUUGUUGCUAAUGUAAUGUGUGGGGUUUUUAAGGCAGCAUCUGAUUUUUUUUUUUUUUUUUACUGAUAUUCACAUCAGUUAACGAUGUUGAAAGAUGCUUAAGUAUACACUUCAAUGGCCUUUUUGCCACAGCCACCUCUUUCUCCCUGUUCGCCUCCCACCCCCCCCAGUUGUUUGUUGCACACCCAUGUUACGUUAUUUCCAAGUUAGUAGAGUGAAAAUGAUUUAAGUACUUCCUCAAUGAUUUGGCUUCUAUUUUUCAUGCUGGAAUUACUUGUGUUCACCCCCUCCCCAUUUCAAAAAAGAUUGAUAACAGAAUUGGAGAAAUACUCCAAGAUUUACUUAAGCCCCCUAAAUGCUAUCUGUGUAUUUCAUGACAACACAAGAGCUGAACUAUAGCUUAUUUGAUGCGUCUGAGGGAAUCUGCUCACUUAACUCCAUGUGUCUCAAGACAAGAUCUACAGCCUUCUCAAGAAGUAGGCUUAAAUUGACCCAGUUUUUUAAAGAGGUUUGAGAAUUCCUUGAAUUGUACUUGCAGAUCUGGUACAGUUUGGCGUUUGAUUCUUACUACUGAAUCAGAGUAGUUUCGCAAUCCUAAAAUCUGAAUGAAAAGCCUUGCAUGCAGACUUGGCAUACUCAGAAGGAAAGUUUUAAAUUUCUUUCUCCCUGUCCCUCCUCCAAGGACUAUUUGUUGAAUAGCACUGAGCUGCUUUUGAAUUUUAAAAACUUGGUAGAAACGUGUUUCUGUCUGCACUAUAUUCACGCCUUAGCUGUUGAAGGAUACGCACUAAACAUGUAAACUCAUGUGAUAUAUGAACACAUUUCCAUCCCUGUCUUGACAAACAAACACAGGGACCAAUCCUGCUACUGCUGGGGAAACAUUGCUGCAGUGAGUAAACUCAUAGAGGGUGCAAGAUUGGGUCUGUAAUAUGUACCAUAACCUUGCUCAGACAUUUGGGAAUGGAUAAAAGUAUACAACAACUGCAGAGGCCAGUGAAGGAAAUGAAAUGGCUGAGCAGCUAGUUAGGAACUGAUGACCAGUAUUCUUAAGAGGAAAUUGGUCAGUAUAAUAAUAUGUGACAGUCAAUCUUUUUUUCUUUUUUUUCUUUGUUUUAACGGGGAUUUCUGAUUUGUUCAGGAUACCUGUAGCAUCUUUUGGUACAUUUUAGUACAAUUACACAUUUUUUUUAAAUGACGUGUAUUAAAGAUCUGUAGCUUGAAUUAUUUUAUUUUUUAAUGGCUUAUAUAUUGUUAAAGUUGGCAACUGCCCUGGGCCAAGUUCUGUGGAAUUCUACUGAUUUCUUGGGUAGCACAAAUGCAAGCCAGCAGAGGGACUUAGGCUGAUGUGAAACUAGCAGGGCCAACAAAAUAUUAACUUUCCCAUUGUUUUCUAAAAUUUAGCCCAUCUGUAAUUAUAACCAGUUAUUGAAUUCCAAACACAGUAAUUCAGUUAUCUGCCUAAGAGAACACCCUUUGGUCUGUGUAUGUCAGUAAAUAUCGGAGUAUGCCUCUCCAGUUAAAGCAUCCGUUCAAGGUACACACACAUACAGAACUGAAUCCUUAUGACAUCUGUGCUUUUGAAUUUCAUUUUUCAGAAUUGAUUUUUUUUAAUUAAGAAAAAAAGUUACUUUGUCAAGUUUACUGACGCUCCUGGAAUGGUUUCUUGAAGUUCAGUCAUUUAUUUUUAAACGAAUUUGAAGCACUGAAGUGGAUUCUUCUAAAUACUGUAUUUCAGAAUAUCGGAUUUCAUCCCAAAAGAAGGAAUUGUCCAGCAUUUCCCUUUACAUGUAUUAAGUAAGCACUACUACCUAUGUGGUUUCAACAGUGUAAUUGUGAUAUUGAGCUAUUGUGAAAGUACUUUAAAAAAAUAAUAAUAAUCAGGACUUCAUUUGUUGUGACCUCCUUCUUAUUCAUCUCUUAAACUAUGAAUGUACAUGUAAUGUGAAAUUUUACUUCUGCUAGUUUGUUCAGACUAAUUUCUUUGCAUUACUGUAAAAUAUUUUUGCUGAACCUGUUACAUAGGAAAAUGUGGGAGAGCACUGUAUGUGUAAACAGACAUGGCUUUGGUACUGUGGUCUUAUUCUACUUAAUCACUUUUUUUUUUUUGCUGUGAUUGGAAAUAGCACUGAACAAAAAUCUACUAAAAUUAAGUUAUUUUUUUUCUCCUGAUGAUACUUGAUAUAGUAUUUAUUAGAAUUUUUUGAAGUGGAAUUAUUACUGUUAAACUAUUUCAAAAUAAGUUAAUCUAUGCUUCACCUUAAAUCUUACACAAACUUCUGUACAUGCUGUAAAGUGAACAACUAAUACAGUAGUGGUAUUAUCUAAACUAGCAAUAGUUUUUUAAUUUUUUAUGUUUUGUGAUACUGCUGUUGCAUUUCACUCUUCACUUCCUGUUCUUAUAUAUAUAUAUUUUUUAAAAGAUCAAAUAUCAUAAAUUGUGCCAUAAGACAUCAUUUGUACGGGUGCAGGGGAAAGUCAAAACAAGUUUGCAUCUGACUUUAGUCUAGAAAUAACUCACUAAACUAAUGCUAUGAGCAUGCUCUGUACUGCAUUGAAAAUGGGGUAGGAGUAAAAGAUAUAACAAGCUGUGGGGUUUUUAGUGCGUUAUUAAUGCACUGUUCUUUUCUCAUAGCUUAGUAUUUUUCUCCCCAACCCUAAUAGCUUGAAUUUCUAAAGUAAAGAUGUUUGCACUUAUUUUUAUUUUAAAGUGACUUUUUUUUUGGUGUGCUCCGUCUUGGGUGUUUUUUUUUUUUAAAGUUGCAAUAGCUUUGAGCAUGUCUUCAAAAAUGGUUCAUUAGAGAAGUACUAAAAACAUUGCACACUUAUGUUUGUUUUCAUAAAAUGUUUCACUGUGGGGGAAUUACCUUCUCUGUAGAGAAUAGUACUGCUCUAAAUUUUAAACACUGGAUUUCUUCUACUACAAACAAAAACUGUGAAGUUAAUGUAAAAAGAAUCAUCAAUAUUUUUAAUUGUUUUUAAUCUUGUUGCAGUUCAGAUUAAAUAUGUAUAUUUAAAGACACUAAUUUUUGUGGGAGAGUUUUAUAGUAUACAGUAUGUAGAAAAGCUAUUGGAAUGGAAUAUAUUUUAUAAAAAUGUUCUAUCACUGUUUUAUAGUGAACUAUUUUUUUUCCUUCAGUGUUAGUACUAUACUGUUUAGUCUAGUUACGACAAUCGCGUAAAGAGUGACUUAAGGAAAAACUAUUGUUAGCGCUUAGUAUUUUUGUGUGGAGUUUUGUUUGCAACUGUAAUUGGUAUGUGCUGUAAAAUGUGACAAUCGUGAUUAGGAUUGUUGUCUUUAUAAAUUUACACAAAAUAAAAUGUGCUAGAGUUGUA